AUGCAGCCACAUUCUCUAAUUCUUAAGCUUAUCCCGCUGCUGUGCUGCGGGCUGGCAGUCAUCUCUCUUAGUGUUGCACUUGCGGCGGGUGUCAAGCCCAAUACCAUGGAGGGGAUUAGCAUCAUUAAUUUCAACAUGUCUAGAUUCGGUCAGUUGAACAUCACCAGCGCAUUGGAUGACCAGGUCAAAGACGUCUGCGGCUUAACCGGCACUGUUGCCAAGGCGGUAGACAAUGUCGUGGAUAAGGCCAAGGACGUCGCAGGCAAGGCCGUGGAUAAGGUUCAGGACAUCGGAGAGGAAGCCAUAGACGCGGGCAAGAACGCCGCAGAUACGGCCAAGGAUGUAGCCAAGAACAUAGGCAAGAAGCUCGGCUUCGGUCGCCGCGAUCCCCUCCUCGGCAUGGUGAUCAAGGGCACGGCCAAAUUGGUUGGGGGCACAGGUUUGGGCAAGAACAACGAGUUCAGCGAGAAGUGCACCGAAGUCUUGGGCGGCCUCACGCAGUUCCCCGCCGCGUUGAUCGCGAAACUGGCCGGCAGCACCGCCCGCGCCUUGGGCAUUCAGGAGUAUUACUCCGUGCACAUCGGCGUCGUCUGCGUCGGCUCCUACGAACCAGACCCUUUUGCAAAGAAUCCGAAGAUCAACAUCACCGACUGCACCACCAAGCUCCACAGGCCGGGCUCCAAAGUCUUCGACUUCCUCGAGGACCUGCAAGAAAAGAUCUCUUCCGGACCCUUCAACAAGAUCAAGCUCAUCGACACGUUACGCCUACCGGAGAUGAUCCUCAAGGCCCUGAAGCUCGUCUCUUCCUUGCUCACCAACUUCAGCAAUGCCUUUCUUGCGUCUGUGCUUGCUCUUGCUUUGGCGCUCAUCGUCCUCUGCCUUCUAUUCGUGCCGAAGCUAGAGGAGAACCCAAAGAUCCAGUUCUACUGCCUCAUGGCCAGCACAGUCUUACUGGGCACCUCCUGGCUCAUUGCUCUGGUCGCCUCAGGAAUCAUCACCUGGAUGGCGUGCAAGAUCGAAGAGAAGCUGCGCGAGUAUGGGCCGAAGUUUGGGAUUGUGGCUACCAGGCCGCCGGGAAUGUACGUCCUGCUGUGGAGUGGGGUUGUACUGGAGAGCGUGGCGCUAGCCGUGGUCACGUUGAUGGUGUUGAAGGAGACGAAGGCGAGGAAGGAGGCGAAGAAAGGUCGUGGGGUUGAAAUAGAGAUGAGUGAGAAGCAAAGCUGGAACGGUUCUAUUUAG